GUCGAGUUGGGCUCGACAUGAACCUGCCGCUCUGACACUCCGGGCUGGGACAAGCAGGCAGCAGCCGGCCGGCCGCGCCCCAAGCAGCAGUCGCACAGGAACCUGCCUGGAGUGCUUUUGAACAUCAGCAACAAGUUUUUACCUGGGUGCUGAAGCACUCAUGGCUGUCGCUUAUGGUAGUGUCACCCAGCCAGGCCUGCUUUCCCAGCAGUACCCCCCACCCCUGCUUCCCAAGCCUGGAAAGGACAACGUUCGGCUUCAGAAACUCCUCAAAAGGACUGCCAAGAAAAAAGCUUCUGCUCAAGCAUCACAGUCUACCGCACCUUUCCGCUCCAGCCUCUCCCCUGUAAAUGAAGCAAGCCCUGACCUCGAACACAGUGACCACUCCACCCCACCUCGCACUCCAGACACACCACAGAGCAUCUACAGCAACCAACAGCCGCCAAGGUUCACCAUCAGGCUGCCGUAUCAGCAUGUGGCAUCGCCAUACCCACAGCGUGCAGCUUAUGGCAGAGGAGCUAGGAUGUCACCUCCAACAGUGGCAAUGCCUUCAUACUCUUACUCUCAACAUGUCACCACAGUUUCUUACCCAGUUUACCCUGCAGGAGUCUCAGCAGCCCUGGGGCAAGUCACUCAGCCAGGGCCACCCAAAGUGCUGCUGUUGGCUUCUGAGGUGACAGUAUCUGCUGCUGAAUUGGACAAGCCAGCUUUUAGCACAUUAGUUGAAACCCAUGCUGGUCUCAGACCUACAGCUGUAGCAACCACACCUUCAAAACCUAGAAGUCCAGGUCCAACUCCAUUUACAAUAGCUGGGGGUCAGCCAGUGAUUAGACCUCUCACUGUGUUGACCCCACUGGUCAAACCCAGAAGUCCACGUCCAACAUUUAAAGCAACUGAACCCUCAAGAUCACCCAAACCCAUGUUUGAUGUCCCUCAAAUUAGGAUGUACACUGCAAGCACAUCAUUUUACGAGACUUCCAGGAUGCCACCAGUGUAUGACACAGCUGGAUUAACUGCUAUUGGUAGUACAUUACCUCAAAGUAAGACACCAGUUGAGACAAAACAAGCUACUCAGAGAACAACACCAACUUCAGAUAUUAAGAGAGGCAUUACACCAACAGCAGAGAUCAAUGCCACCAUUGUUCCUACUUUGGAGAUCAACACAGCCACAUCAACAUCUGAAAUUAAAAGAGCCACCUCACCAGCCGAAACAAAAAGAGCCACCCCACCAGCCGAAACAAAAAGAGCCACCCCAACUGCCGAAAUCAAAAGAGUCACACCAACUGCCGAAAUCAAAAGAGCCACCCCAACUGCCGAAAUCAAAAGAGUCACACCAACUGCCGAAAUCAAAAGAGCCACCCCAACUGCCGAAAUCAAAAGAGUCACACCAACUGCCGAAAUCAAAAGAGCCACCCCAACAGCUGAAAUCAGAGAUAAAACACCAACUUAUGAGUUCCAAACAUCAAGAACUGCAGCAGGAAGGCCUAAAACACCAGCGUACCAUGUAAACCGCGCUGCAACACCUGUCUUUGAGAUCUCAAGACCCAAUCCUCUCUUAUUUGCAGUGUCACCAGUUACAGUAGAGUCAGAGUGGUCGAGAGCACCUCAAACAGUGGUAAGCAGUUCAUCUGCUUCCCAAAGUGUGAAGACUACAGUGCCUCUUGAACAAACACUAAAUGGGGACAUCCACUCAGACACGAUGCCUUCAGCAAAACCAAUACAACCGAGUAUUACAAAGUCAAAGUCGGAACCCGAGCUGUCGAGCAGAAAGAGUUCAACUGGGUCUGAGGAGCCCAAAACUUCAAUAACACCAGCAGUGACUGGGUAUCAGAGGGCUAAGACUCCAACAUAUGAGGCAUCCCGACUUAUGACCACAUCACCUGGCUAUAAAAGACCAAAGACACCCACCUAUGGGACAUCACCUUUAAGUGGGUCACCUAUAGGCUUUCAGAGACCUAAAACACCAAGUCAAGUGUCUCAAAAGUCAAAGUCUAGUUAUCGUGGACUCACACCGGCUGAAUAUGCUGCUUAUGGAGGAAUCAGAACUUACUCUCCAGCAUUUGAUAUUUCAGUUUCAACUACGCUGACUAAAGAGGAUGAUAAAGCUAAAAGAGAGAUCUCCGAAGAAUCAAAAGCCUCCAGCCAAGAACCCCCUGAGCCAUCUACAGUCAAAGAAACACCAAAAGAUGUUGCUCAAUACCACCAGAGAGAUGAGAAGGUUGCUGCCACACCUCCAGUCCCUUUUAUUGUUGUUACACAAGCAUCUGACUCACCAGGAGCGAUGUUAACACAAGACACGAGCACGGUAUCUGGUCAGGUUGCAGAAAAAGGAGAUACAACAAUCAUUCAACAAAUGCCAAAGACUAUACUUUCAACAGCAGAGAAACAGAAAGUGGAAACACUUAUUCAAGAAACUAAACCAAAGACCCCUGAGACAAAACGUCCUUUUCCUAAAGGUGGAGACCAAGAUCCCCUGAAGGCAGUAAAGAAACUUCUAGGUAAAGAAAAAGCCCUGACUGCUGAGCAGAAAUCUAUACCUGAGAAAAAUGCUGAUGUCUCAGAAAUAAAGGAACAAGGAAAACCUGUAAAUGUCACUAAUAUCGCACCUAAAGGCCCAAAGCCAAGCACUGCAGCAUUUCCUCUGCUUAAGGUUUCUGCUGCUGUAGCAGACAAAGAACAGGACAGGAAAACAGAAUCACCUUCAGAAGUUCAAUCUGCACUUGAGAAAAAGGACAGUGAUGAGAGCCUCCCAGCAGGCGAGUCUCUUCUUAAAGCCAUGUUAAAGCCGAAGGGAAUGAAAUCUAAAGCAAGCGGUUGGUCCAGGCUCAAGAAACACAUGGUGGUGGAGCAGGAGGAGCCCAAAUUCCCAGAGACAGGCUCUGAGGUGGUGGUCAUGGGGCAGGACCAGAAGGAUAUAAAAACAGUGCAGGAGAAGGCUGGAGACGAGCCCAGCGCCCAAAAUGAAAACGAAACCAAAGACACUCCCAAGGCGACACAAAUGUGGGACGCUGUCCUCUUCCAAAUGUUUUCUUCCAAGGAGAACAUCAUGCACCAGAUUGAGUUAAAUAAAAGUGAGGAGGAGAAGAAAGAAGGGAAAAAAGAUGAGCUGAAAGAAAUACCGUCAUUUGCAUACAGGUUGCCUGUGCUGCUGUUCAGUCCAAAGUUUGAUGCUAAAAAGCUCAAAGAGGCAGCAUCGAGGCCGGUCACAAAAAUUUCCACUGUAUUUGAAAUGGGGCUGAUUGGGCGAAAAGGUAAAGAUGAGGAACCAAAAGACUUUAAUAGAACAGCAAGGGGGUUCACCGCUUCUUAAGCUCCACCCAAUAUGAAGUGCCAAGACAAAAACGUAAAAAAACACAAAAAAACCCAAACAAAAACAAAACAGGAUUCUAUGUUUAAUGUACAGAUGCAGAAAAUCUUAGCAACAGAAACAAUGUAAAAGUCUGGAGUCUUAGUCUUUUUUUGUGGCAGUGCUGAAGAAAACUUCGGUCAGAACUUUAUACUUGACAAAUGCUUUGUGUGACUGGCUGACAGGGUGUUAGCAUACAUGUCUGUAUUUGUGCAUUAGCUUGAGAGAGAGCUCUCUUUGUCUUAAAGUCAUUCAGACAUCACACCAAGUGUUGCAAGAGCUUCUCAUUUGUUCUUUUCUUCAAAGUGUUCACAAUAAACAGACACUGUUAGAUUAUGAAUUAGCAAGUUUUUAAAGGUGCCCUGUGGAGUUUUCUAUUAAGAAACAUACAUACUGUUAGCUGUUUAAAAGGUUAGGUUGUUGAGUGUAAUUUUCAUUUGCAAAGGAUUUUGAAAAAUAUUUGAGAUGGUUUAUAUUUCUGGUUCUUAGCUUCCAUCUUUUUCUGCUUUGUUGGUGCAUUGCUACACAUUUGGGCUUUGGCUUCACUCUACCAACUGUUAAUGAAAAGGACAAAACCUAAGGGAGAUUAAAACUGAGUUAUUCUACCUGCAUGAAACAGGUCUUAUAAUGUUUGUAAAACCCACAACAUACUGCUAAUAGUGAUCAGAAAACUCCAUGGGGUACUUUUAUACAGAAAUGUGGAUGCUUAGAAAAAUCAAUUAACUUUUGGUGAAUAAAAAUAUGUUUUUAUGGAUAAUAAAUAAAAUGUAACUGAUUUUAUGAUACAUAAUUUGUUCAAUCAUUAUUCAAAUAUACAGUUUUAUUCAAAAUGGUGCUACUUACCUUAGGGUAAGACUUCUCAUUAGAGUAAUAUAAUUUUUUUUUGCAGGCUGUAGAUGGUUGUGUUUCGUGAAUAAACCUCUUAAAAUCACAUUAAAUGAACAUUUUUGAGAGCGUUUAAAAUCACUAUGAUCUAACAAAAAAGGGUAAAUUGGAGGGAGUUUAUUUAAAUCUGACUAGUAUUAUAAUUUUAAUGGUUACAGGUUACAUUUGGAGCCUCAGUACAUUUUUACACAUGCUUACUCGUAGCUGUACAGUGGUAAAUGCUACAUAAAUAAAAUGAAGCACUGAGCUUAGCUAUGAAAAAUAUAAUUCCCAUAUAAAGUUCAAAAUACUAUAAAAUUAUUUUAGUGAUUUUCGGCUCAACAUGUUAAAUUUUACUGUGACUUAAAGACGGUUGAUGAGGUAAAAGCGUGUGAAAGUUGUUCGAAGAACGAUGAAGAGCAGCCUCCACUGUGAUGGAGGUCAGUGGGAUAGUGAUCUGUGAGGUCAAAGGUGAAGAUACACAGAAGGGAUUUGACUGUAAUGCAUGGUAGGCACUCCAAACUUUAUUUUAUUAGCUUUGUUGUGUUUGUUUUUUUGUCCAGCUCCGAGUCAGGAGAAGUCUUUCACUAGUGAUCUUUCUAGCAUGUGUUGGGGCUACUGAUUAUUGUAGGUACAGCUUAUAAAAGUAAUCUUUAGUUCUCGAAAACUGCUGACACUGUAAAUCUUAAGUAGAGUUACCCUCAUGUUCCGUUUAUUUACAGUAACACAAGAAAUAAAAACUGCUCUGAUUUUUUACUUUCCUACAGUUGGAAAAUAAAUCUUACUCUACCAAAUUCAGUUCUUUUCAUUUUCAUAUCUCUGUCUGGGUAACUCUGUUUGAACAUAGCUUAGCAUUUCAUAAGAAAACCAAACUGUGACUUGUGUCUCUAUUAUUGUAUUUUUGUUAUCACUGCUGUUUUAUUUAAAGUGAAGCACUUUGAGCGGUUUUCUUUUUUUUACGUGAAGCUUGCUGUACUGUCGCCUGCACAAAAGGUACUGAAAAAUAAACUCAGUCUGACUUAAA